GAGCAGCAGCCGCCGCCGACAAAUUUCAAGGCCAAGUUCAUGUGCAGCUACGGCGGCAAGAUCCAGCCGCGCAGCCACGACAACCAGCUCUCCUACGUUGGCGGCGACACCAAGAUCCUCGCCGUCGACCGCAACAUCAAGUUCCCCGCCUUCCUCUCGAAGCUCGCUGCCCUCUGCGACUGCGCCUCGCCUGAGAACCUCACUCUCAAGUACCAGCUCCCCGGAGAGGACCUCGACGCCCUCAUCUCCGUCACCACCGACGACGACCUCGAUCACAUGAUGCAUGAGUACGAUCGCCUCUUCCGUGCCUCCGCAAAACCCGCCAGGAUGAGGCUCUUCCUCUUCACCGCCUCAACUACCUCCGCUCCACCUAGUUUCUCCACUGAUCGCGAUCGCUUCGUUGAGGCUCUCAACUCGGGUCCCGUUCCGGUCCAACCCGAUCCGGUCAAACCCCCUCCUGUUGCUCCUGCCAACGUUGAUUUUCUAUUCGGGCUUGAGAAGGCCGCGCCUCCUCCCCCUCAGCCGGCACCGCCUCUCGCCACCGUCAAGUUCCACGAUCCUGUUCCGGAGCCUGUGGCGCCGCCACCGGAGUACCAGACGCGCGCAGCUGUGAACGAUCGGGUUAUUGGAUCGGAUCCCACCGUGAACCCGAUCGACGUUCAAAGGCAGUUGCAGCAAGAGCUGCAGCGGUUGCAGAUCGCGGAGGCUGAUCAGUCUAUGUACCGGAGGAGAAGUGAGGAUGGCUUCGCUGGAGGUUAUGGCGUUGCUGGGGGCGGCGAUUAUUACAUGCAGAAAAUGCCAGAGAAGGUUCCGAUGUCGAAUUCACCUGCUACUGUGCCGCACCCCGGGAAUUACUGGCCGGAGAAGCAAUUUUCUGGCGAAGGUUUCCCCACGGCGAUUUCGACGGCUCCCGGAGGUGGAGACCAACAGUUUUACGUUGUUCCGGCGCCGGGCACGUUCUAUCAUGCUCCAGUUGUGCGUCCGUCGGCGGCGCCGGUCACUCAAGGUUACUACGCUGUGCAACGUAUGAGUUCUGAUGGAUACCGUGAGCAGCCAGUGUACGGCGGCGCGCAGCCAGCUAAAGCAGCUUUUUCGUCUGCGGGAGCCACAAAUAUGGCACAGGCUCCACCGGUUAAGGCCCCUGGUUAUCCAGAAGGAUACGGCGUGGUUCGGCCAGCUGGAGUGCCGGAUAAUGUGGGGUCUGCUGCGUACGCGCAAGUUGCCUACGAUAGUGGGAGUGGGAGACAGGUUUAUUAUACUGCGCCGGCUGGCGUCAUGCACGCGCCGCAAUAUCAAGGAAUUCCUCCACCGGUUACUGCUGCUGGCGGUUCGUUGGGCCAGGAUGUUAGUAAAGUGGUAAACAAGGCUUCCCAAGGUUCUGUGUGAUUAUUGUUGUCUUUUAAGUUUAAGAUUGUGAUUAUAUUAAUUUUGAAAUAAUACGCUUAAUAUGUGAUUUUCAUCGGCUUUUGCUUUAUAUAAUACUAGUAUGGUUAGCUUCUAUAAUAAUCAUAUUUCUUUCUUUCUGCUAAGCUAUGUCAUACUUAUGUGUCUGUUUCCCUCUUUCAAAGUGAAGCGAUCUGUAAUAAGAUCCUGAGGAUGAUGUUUAAA